GCUAUAUCGAACGGUAGUUGAUUUCAAACUGUCGACUGUGUUCAAGUGUUAUUUUAAAGUUUAAAAAAUGGUAGAUCGAUUUGUAAAACGAAAGGGCAGUCGUUGCGGAUAAUGGGUUAAUCGGGGAGAGAGGAUGGAAUGCCCUAUUGGCCAGUGGAAGUCUACAUUCGUUUUCCACCGGCAUUCAUUCACCUCCGCCCUUUUAACCUCCGGUCCUUCCAUUUUCGUAAUUUAUAACCACUUGUUUUCGCCGAGAAACUGAGUUUCUGUUUCUCCCAUUUCGUCCUCUAUUAUUUUCUUCGAUAUCCGCGGCUUUCGGCCUACCGACCGACGGUCCGAGGAAGACAUAAAUUCCCCCGGCCGUCGCCCUGAAAAGGGCUCGCCGAAAGUUUUCUGCCUUCCAGUUUUGUCAACCGACUUAAACAAAUAUUAUUCACCGCUGGCGCCCUUCGCACACAAAUAAAUCGUCUCAAUAAAAACUUCCCUUCUAUCCGUUCCACCGUCCGCGCACAAAUUACGUUUCCUGUCGACUUGUAAACUACGACGGUGAGGAUUUUUUUUUCUUCUCCUUUCGGGAGACGUCCUGCCACACACGAGGGAUCUGCAUUGUAAAAAGACGUUUCCAUGAUAGGGUGAAAAGUUAUUAGACGACAACAUUGGGACAAUAACAACAUUGGGGCGGAGAGCGUGUUGAUGAUGUAGAGGAUGAGGGGAUGCUUGAUAGAGAGUACCUGGUAGGGAGGCAAGUGCCACCCCUCAAAGUCUGUGUGUUUAGGAGACACACAAGAGUGUUCAAACAGCUGACUGUCAAAAGAUGCGUCGCAGCCUUGUUCGCACUUAGCGUCUUCUCGAUUUUUUAUUCUCUCAUCUAUCUCAGUUACCCCUUUUCGAGCUUGAUUCGAAGAGAAUGGAGGCCAGAGCCUUCGAUACGAUGUCAGGUCAUGUCCGGCCUGAACAGGCUGCCAGCCCACGACCACCGAUCUGCAGCACGUCUGCGGAUCGAUCCGAAGGUCCUCGUCUUUGUAGAGACGACUUAUUCCCGCCUAGGCAGGGAUAUUGCCGAAUUAUUAGUCUACAAUAGGAUCAAAUAUAAAGUCGAAGUGGCCAGCAAAUCCCUGCCGAUCCUUACCAAUUUAGACAAGGGUAAGUAUGGGGUGAUAGUUUUUGAAAACCUUCACAAGUAUCUCCAAAUGGACAAAUGGAAUCGAGAGUUGCUUGAUAAAUACUGUCGGGAGUACUCAGUGGGGAUAAUCGGCUUUCUUUUGAGCGCUGAUGAAAAGCAGGUCGGCUCACAAUUACGAGGUCUUCCUUUGUACAUACAUAGAAAUCUUAAGUUAAGGGAUGCGGCAUUAAAUGCAGGUUCACCGAUUUUACGGUUGACGAGAGCUGGUGAAACAGCAUGGGGACCUUUGCCUGGUGAAGAUUGGACUGUUUUUACAGCAAACCAUUCUACUUAUGAACCGCUUGCUUGGGCGAUCAACGAUACCAGGCAAGAAGACACCAAUCUCCUGGAUGAAGAAUUCAUAAAGACACCUCUUACCACUGUCAUGCAGGACCAUGGAGGUUUUGACAGUAUACAACGAGUAUUCUUUGGGUCAGGUCUUAGAUUUUGGCUCCAUCGGUUAUUAUUCCUAGAUUCCUUGUCGUAUCUCUCCCAUGGACAACUUUCUCUCUCGCUUACAAGGUAUGUCUUGGUUGAUAUUGAUGACAUCUUUGUUGGCGAGAAGGGAACAAGACUGAGAAGAGAAGACGUUUUGGCUCUUCUUCGCACACAGGAAAAAAUCCAAAGCAUGGUACCUGGAUUUAAGUUCAAUCUCGGUUUCUCUGGCAAAUAUUUUCACCAUGGCACAUCAGAUGAAAAUUUAGGGGACGACCUGCUGUUAGAAAACAUAGAAAAAUUUACUUGGUUCAGUCAUAUGUGGAAUCAUCAACAGCCGCAUUUGUAUGAAAAUCAGACGCAGCUUGAGCUUGAAAUGACUCUGAACAGAAAUUUUGCGAAGGAACAUGGAAUCCCAACAGAUUCUGGUUAUUCCGUUGCACCUCAUCAUUCUGGUGUUUACCCUGUACACGAAGCUCUAUAUUUUGCUUGGAAACAUGUUUGGAACAUUAAAGUUACCUCAACAGAAGAAUAUCCUCAUCUCAGGCCCGCUAGACUCAGACGAGGAUUUAUUCAUCGCGGUAUAAUGGUACUUCCAAGACAGACGUGCGGCCUGUUUACUCAUACAAUUCUAAUAAACCGAUAUCCUGGAGGGAGAGAAAAGUUGGAUGAAUCCAUCCAGGGAGGAGAACUUUUUCAAACUUUUGUUUAUAAUCCAAUAAAUAUAUUUAUGAGCCACAUGUCAAAUUAUGGUAACGACAGGUUGGCUCUAUAUACAUUUGAGUCUGUGAUAAAGUUUCUGAGGUGCUGGACGAACCUUAAGCUUACUAGUGCACCGCCACUCGCUUUGGCUGAAAAAUAUUUUAAUAUGUAUCCUGAAGAAGCAGAUCCUGUUUGGGGAAAUCCCUGUCAGGAUCCAAGGCAUAAAAAGAUCUGGUCGCAUAACAAGACCUGUGACCAGCUUCCGAAAUUCCUUGUAAUUGGACCACAGAAGACAGGCACUACUGCCCUUUACACAUUUUUAGCAAUGCACCCUAAUAUUUCCAGCAAUAUCCACAGUCCUGAAACGUUCGAGGAAAUACAAUUUUUCAACGGGCGAAAUUACUACCGUGGUCUCUCAUGGUACAUGGAUUUUUUCCCUAUUACAAAAAACACAACAUCGCAGUAUUUCUUUGAAAAGUCGGCGACUUACUUUGACGGUGAACUUGUGCCAAAGCGAGUGCACGCCUUACUCCCCCAAGCAAAACUUGUGACAAUACUAAUAUCUCCUGCCAAACGAGCUUACAGCUGGUACCAACAUAUGCGUUCGCAUAUGGACCCGGUAGCGCUAAAUUAUUCUUUUUACGAUGUGAUAACCGCAAGCGACACUGCACCAAAAGCACUCAGGGAUUUGAGAAAUAGAUGCUUGAACCCCGGAAGGUAUGCUCAACACCUAGAACGUUGGCUCCUCUACUAUCCACAGCAGCAAUUGCACAUAAUCAACGGUGAAACUCUGAGACUAAACCCAGUCGAAAUUAUGGACCAACUGCAGAAAUUUCUCAAGAUUGUUCCACUAUAUGAUUAUUCAUCACAUAUAAAAUAUAAUCCUAAAAAGGGAUUCUUCUGUCAAGUAAAAAGUACUCAAGAUGGUUCAGGUUGCUUAGGGAGAAGUAAAGGUAGAAUAUAUCCACAGAUGGACAACAGGUCCUACAAAUUCUUACAGAGAUACUACUUGUCUCAUAACACAGUCCUUGCAAAAUUGCUGAAGCGACUGGGUCAGCGUGUGGUACCCCAAUGGUUGAAAGAUGACUUAAGCGAUACGCUACCUGCUUGACAUAUGUUUAGCCGAAUCGUGCAUUGGACUUGCAAAAACUGAGCUGACAAAUGUACUUGUACACUGAUCCUCUGUUAUCGUGCCUUUAAUCAAAUUAAGCAUUGUACAUCAAAACAUGAUCACAACUUCCAUCCCUCGAAGGGCAUUAUAUUCGGAGAACGUCUUAGUCCACCAAAAAGAAAAAUGUCAAUAAUCAAACUGUUCGUUGAACUAUUUCCUGCAACGGAUUUGACAAAAAUAAAAACCAGAAUAAA